UGCUUACCCACCGGAAACCUUAAAGCCCGGUUUGGGAGGCAACAACAACAGAUUUGUCACUUAUUAUCUGACAGACUAGCUGCACUUAUGUGUAUUUAUGUGUUUAGCUUUCCCUCUGCUGGUAGUCAUCACAAGUUCAAGUAGUGUUGUCCAAGCUUAGGUUGUUCAUCUUUGUUUACUAUCGCUUGACCUAUGUUGAAAUCUUGAGUUGCUCAGCUGUUGCUUAUACAACCCGCUUAGGAAAGGCUUCUCUUAAAAAAUAAAUAAACAAAUAAAAAUGUUGUGAAAUAUAUAUAUUAGUACUUAGUACCAAGGUUGUCUUCAUUUCAUAGCCUCUACCUAAGAGUUUCAUAGAGGGUGUGAGAAUUUGUUGGUGAGAUGCCCUUCAAGUAUUGACAACCUAUCAGCCAGUGGAUGUAGUUUGGGUGGAGGUUGUCUUCUCACCAUGGUAUGCUAUAUAUUUUAUCUUUUCCUAUGGUUCGUUUUAACCAUUGCUGUCUUCUGGUGAAGAUUUGUACCGCGCUGACACCAAGGAUUCUGAGAACGUCUGAAUUAGUUUGAUUUUCGGAAAGUUGUAGAGUAGAUGGAGUGACAAAAAGUCGUUUUGUAUACCUGCUGUAAAAGUAAAUUUAUUACAAAACCAGGAAAUACAGAUUUCUUAAAACACUUGAGGAAUUAAGGGAGAAGGUAACCAGGAAAACAAGGAGACAGAAAUUGUCACUAAUUUGUGGGCCCUGUGUAGAGGGGAAGAAGCUUGGCCUGAGUCUGGUACCACUUGUAAGAUAAUACAAUAUAUGUUAUCUGGCAAGAGUAUUGUGAUGAUGUAAGUUACUGUGGGGGAGACACUGGGGUACGGGGGCUGUGUUAGGAACCAGCACCCAUCUGUGUGCCUCUGCUAUCUGUAAACUUGAAACAAAAUCCUGUCUUAGUGUUUGCAUACACCAGCAUCAUGUAUGUUAGCGUAUUUAAGUGCAUUGUCUGCACGAGAAGCUUUCCCUUUACCUGAACAAGCCAGUUUGCAAUAGAAAAUUACACUGCUGUAACUUGCCCAAACACAGUUUCGUGGGGCAAGGCGCCUUGUUGUGGGUGGGUGCCACGCACUGUGUCUGGGCACAGUGUUCGUUAUGUUGCCAAAGCCUCUUUGGUAGUUUGACUGUUACCUUCUUUGUACAGUUCUAGAGUCUCAAAACGGUUCUAAUGAAUGUAGCAUACUGUUUGAGUUUGCAUCUUUUUGCUUUUGGCUACACAUGGUGCUUUCUGAUAAUGAAUUGUGCAUCUAGGCAGAGGCCAGAGGCCAGGCCCUGCUUGCUUUAACAGUCACAAAAGUCGUGUUGGAAGACUGCAAAAUCUUGGACCUGCUGGGAGACUGUUUUCAGAUGCACCCUCACUUGUGAGCAGCAGAAACCUGGGAAGAUGAGAAGAGGAAGCUUAAGGCCUGUUCCUGAGAUGAGAAGAUGAAGUUUAAGCAUGGUUCUAGAAUCUGAGAUGCGGUAGAUGGUGCUGAAGCAGCACUGAGGCUUCUGCAGUAUCCGCAGUCCAGCGUGUGCCUGCUGGCUGUCCCAAACACUGAUGGUCCUGUGUCUUCAUGAGAUGCACUCUGAGAUGAGAAAACGCUGACUAUCCUGACUAUUAACUUACAUAAGCUCUAAAAAUGGGAAGAAUUUUUCUGGAUCACAUUGGCGGCACUCGCCUGUUCUCCUGUGCAAACUGUGACACCAUUCUGACCAAUCGUUCGGAGCUCAUCUCCACUCGCUUUACAGGGGCCACAGGGAGAGCUUUUCUUUUUAACAAGGUGGUAAAUCUGCAGUACAGCGAAGUUCAGGAUCGGGUCAUGCUCACUGGCCGCCACAUGGUUCGAGACGUGAGCUGCAAGAACUGCAACAGCAAACUGGGCUGGAUCUAUGAAUUUGCCACUGAAGACAGCCAGCGCUACAAGGAAGGCCGUGUUAUCCUGGAAAGAGCUUUGGUCCGAGAGAGCGAAGGAUUUGAGGAGCAUGUUCCAUCUGACAAUUCCUGAAGAGGCUUCUCUCAGGUUCUCUUCAUUUGAAACUUAAAGUAAUAAAAUCAACAAAAAAAUCUGCUUACAUACACUGUCACCUUAGCAUCAGAGUCGGAUUCAUGGACUACAGAGUAGGAAAGAUUGUGAGAGUAUUUCAGAUGGAACCUUCCUUUCUUUGUUCCUUUAUAUUUUAUUUUCCCUCCAGCAGCUGUUUGUAGAAAGAUUGUUUUGCAGUUGCUGUAAGGUUUUUCUGUCUUGCAUUUCCAUCUGUUAAAUCUGAGACAGUAUCUGCAGAUACAGUGAGCUAAAAGGAAAAUGUUGGAAGAAUUUUUCUUUUGUUAGAGAGAGAUCAAUGGUUGUUUUUGUUUGGUUUUUUUUUUUUUAGUUUGCACAAACUGAUGUCAGCAUAAGGUUAUUUUAAAAUUACAGGUGUUUUUUUAAAAGUAUAUUCCAAUUUUUGGCAUAAGAUUUUAGCUACUUUUUUUUCUACUCAAUCUUUUCACCUGAUUUGCUAGCUAAAGUAAAGAGAUCCGAAUUUGUGCCGAGUGCUAAAGGUUCAGUGUUGGUACAGCUUGGGCUGGCCCUUGUGCCAUAUUCUUGUUGAGGUUGAUUGGUAGCACAGAGCCCAUUAUUUCUUGUCAUUCUUGACCCAAAGAUGUCACCAUUCCUUGUUUAUUUGUGAAGUCCCGGUCACCAUAAACUGGUAUUGAUUGGAAACUAUUUUUGAAAUAGGGCAAAACUGCUUGGCUUUCUUUUUUUUUAAUUUUAACAGAUGUAACUUAUACCCAUAAUAAUAAUAAAGUAGUUGUCUGUUUAGUCUUGUGUUGCUUACAAAACAAAAGCUGUGUUUGUAAUGAUAAGGAUCCACUGAGAAACUCCUGUUUUGGCAGUAAAUUUUUUGUUUCUCUACUAAUCUCAUUAAGUAGACGGGCAAUUGCAAACCUUAAUUCUUCAAGUGGCUUUCUUCAAACCCAGAACUUCCUAUGUUAAACACAGCUGCUGUGUAAAAGAAGACUGCCAGCAUGUUUGUUCAUGCAUCCAGUUCUACAAUCUGCAUCUUGUGAAAAGAUUUAACUGAACAGCUUGUUUUCAAAUGCCGCUUCUGGUGGUGAAACUCUUUCAACUUAGUUGAACUCUUUUUGUUGUGGUGUUCACGUUUUUAUCUUUCUGGGCAGCAUUACAUGUCGCCUAGUAGUACCUAGUGACUUGGGUUCCUGCUUUCUUGUAGAGGUCAGCUCUGUUUAAAACAGUGAUCUUGCUUGCCUGGUAGCAAAAAUGCUCUUUGUUGGCUUAGCUCAAGGGUGCCCAAACACUUUCAUUGUCUUAAGCCAUAAGUUGAGAUCUCAAGGGCUGCAAUGAUUCUGAAUGUUAGAUAUGUACGAUUCAUUAUCAAAGAUGUGUUUAUUUUUUUUCAUAUUGGGUAAAUUGUGGUCAAAGUGAAAUAGAUUACCCACAGGUGUACAGGGAGGAACAAAUAGAUCUGGCCUCUUGCCUUUCAGAGUGACUUCUUCACUAGCUGCAGCUCCAUAUCUGGAACUAAAAUGUGGAGGCUGACUACACAGAGUAUUUUUAAUUUUUUGGGGUUGCUUAGUGGCAAUUUGGACACCCCUGACUUGAAUUUGCUGCCUACUUGAUGUAAAAGUAGCUUUAUUAUAGAAAUGUUAUAUGGAAAGAAAACAGAGUAGAUCACAUACCAGAGCUGUGCUUGAAUCAAGCUGCUUAAACAGUAGUGUACUUGUGCCUCAAAUCAGUUUUUGCACUGAGUACAGUAGUGCCCCAUUAUCUCGGGUUUUUUUCUGUCUUUCACAAACCCCAGAAGUCCCAUUAGCAUGGUUCUCUGCAGUACUUUUCUUGUACUUCUGGCAUUACAGUACAAUAAAGUAUGUUUUGUCCUGAA